AUCAAGCUAUGGACCAUUCCAGAUAAUUGUACCACUAUAACGACAUGCACUUUAGAAAUGAGAGGCCAUGUUAAAAAGAUCGGUAGAAUAGAAUGGCAUCCUAUUGCUCGAGGAGUUCUUUUAUCUGCUGGUCACGAUGGAAAGUGUAUUCUUUGGAACACCGAACUUGGCGAAAAAGUCAUAACGUUAUCACUUCAUAGAGAUGUAAUUUUUUCUAUAUCAUGGUGUCCAGACGGUCGAUACUUUGCAUCUACUUGCAAGGAUAAAACAAUUAGAGUUAUUGAUCCCAGAAGUGGCGUUGUUGUUUCACAAGGAGAAGGACACUUGGGUACAAAAAGUUCAAAGGUAAUAUUUGUGGAUGAUAAAAGGUUAUUUACUACCGGAUUUUCUAGAAUGAGUGAAAGACAGUUUGCACUUUGGGAUAUCAAAAAUUUAUCGAAACCAUUGAAAUCAGAGAAUGUAGACAGUUCUAGUGGCAUUUUGUUGCCUUAUUACGAUAAGGACACUAAAGUCAUGUUUUUAGCCGGAAAGGGAGAUGGAAACAUUAGAUUUUAUGAAAUUACUGAUUUACCGCCGUACGUUUUCUAUCUCCAACAAUUUCAAUCCGGAUUUCCACAAAGAGGAUUAGGACAAAUGCCAAAAAGAGGGGUUGAUGUAAAAAGGUGUGAAAUCGUACGGUUCUUUAAGCUGCAUACUAACAAAGACAUUUGUGAGCCCAUAUCUAUGAUUGUACCAAGGAAGUCGGAAGUUUUCCAUGAAGACAUUUAUCCUCCUACUUGUUCAUCACUAUCUUCUUGUUUAUCUGCCAGUGAAUGGUUCGGCGGAGUUAACAAGCUGCCUCUAUUGAUUUCUUUGAAAGUGUUUAAUUAA